AUGCUGCUGCCGCUGCUGCGGAGUAGCUGCUUCCCUUCGUCGUCCCCGGGCGGCGGCGGCGGCGGCGGCGGCGGGGUGGACGCGGGCGCCGGGAGCCAGGCGGCGGCGCAGCUGCGGCGCGGAGCCCACGGGGCGCCGGGGCCCGUCGAGGGGGCGGACGCGGAGCUCGGGGCCGACCCCCGGCGCGCUUGGGAGGCCGCGGGGCCCGGGGCGUGCGGCGGGGGGCGGCGGGCCGCGCGGGGCCCGUAUGCGUGCAUGGAUCCGGGGGCCGCGCUGCAGAGGCGGGCCCGGGGCGGCGGCGGCGCGGGCGGGCUCGGGGCGGGCUCCCCGGCGCUGUCCGGGGCGCAGGGCCGCCGGAGGAAGCAGCCCCCGCGGCCGGCCGACUUCAAGCUGCAGGUCAUCAUCAUCGGCUCCCGCGGCGUGGGCAAGACCAGCCUCAUGGAGCGCUUCACCGACGACACCUUCUGCGAGGCCUGCAAGUCCACCGUGGGUGUUGAUUUUAAAAUCAAAACUGUAGAGCUACGAGGAAAGAAAAUUAGAUUACAGAUCUGGGACACAGCAGGUCAGGAGAGAUUCAACAGCAUUACCUCAGCUUAUUACAGAAGUGCCAAGGGGAUCAUAUUAGUUUAUGAUAUCACCAAGAAAGAGACAUUUGAUGAUUUGCCAAAAUGGAUGAAGAUGAUUGAUAAGUAUGCCUCAGAAGAUGCAGAACUUCUCUUAGUUGGAAAUAAGUUGGACUGUGAAACGGACAGAGAAAUCAGCAGACAGCAAGGCGAAAAGUUUGCACAGCAGAUAACUGGGAUGCGGUUCUGUGAAGCCAGUGCCAAGGAUAACUUUAAUGUGGAUGAAAUUUUUCUGAAACUUGUUGAUGACAUUCUGAAAAAGAUGCCUCUGGAUAUUUUACGGAAUGAGUUAUCCAAUAGUAUCCUCUCCUUGCAACCAGAACCUGAGAUUCCACCAGAACUGCCUCCACCAAGACCACAUGUCCGAUGCUGUUGAUUUGCUACUUUGGAGACAAAGUGGAAAUUAUUCCUUAAGAGAGAAGAGUGUUCUAUUCUGCACUACAAUCAUUUUGACAGUUUCCUUUCGCACUUUGUAAUCCAAGUCAGAGCUAUACACUAACUUGUAAAUACGUAUGCCAGUAGCAGUCCUGGGUAAGUUUUGGUUAUAAAUCAGAUAUUUCCCUCCAAAUGAUUUUUCAUUGUCCCAGUGUGUAGUGUCCACACACUGGAAAUCGUAGUACUUCUAAUAUGAAGACUGGGAGAAAUGAAAAAUACAAUGGUCUUUGAAAUAAGUAUUGUCCUUGGUAAUUAUAUUAUGAGGGCAGAAGAUAUUCUAAUAAGAAGAAAGAAUUUGGUGCUUUGCUUACUGUUAUAAGACUUUGCGGGGGGAAGCUAUAUUAAGUACUUUUUCAUAUAAGACAUUUCCCUCAGUGGUAGCAUCUUUGAAUUAUUGGAGUGUUUCUGCCAUGAAGCAAAGUUCCAGCCAGAGCCAGCAUUGAAGGUUAUUUAUUACUGUUAAUGUAAUGGUGGAAUGUCACUACUUAGAGGGUAGGGUUUGACUCAGUCCUGAGGCACAGAAUUUCUUUUAUUGUUUCCUGAUGAACAUACCUUAGAUUCUAAGAGCUACAAAGAUUCAAUAAAGAAAUGUUUUUGAAAUUAUAGAAGAUUUUAAAACAACGCUGCUGUCUUAAACAAAAUUCUGUUGAAGGGAAUUUUAAUGAAAUUUGAAAGAAUUUUAAAGGUAUCAUUUACUAUAUCAAAGAACUGACAUGUAUUUACCUAAACAUUCUAUACCUUUGUAAUGAUAAAAAUUUCCCCAUAUGGUAAAGCGUAUUAUUCCUUUUAAGCAUAGGCUGUGUUCUUUUUUUCUUUAACUUUCUUUUUCUUUUCUUUUUCCUUUUUUUUUUUUUUUUUUUUUUUGUCAGAUAAUGAGAUUGUGAACUUUCUUUGUAUAUCUUUUAUUAUUAAGCUGCACUGUUUUGUUUAGUCAAGGUAUAAAGGUAAUUACGUAUUUGAAUAACUCAGCGUGUCUUGAGUGUUGUGACAUGAAAAGCAUUGUGGUCUUUCUACACUAAUGACGUGCAAAUAAAAUUUUGUAUUUAUGAAUGACA